UGAAAAUUUAGCGUUAGUUUAAAAAUUUGGUGACGUUCAUAUUUUUCGAUUUUCUUAUUCUUGUGGAAUUUUUACUGCACGUGUCAGAAGACAAUUUUUUGCAUGCUCUGUUGUUGCGUUUAAGUUAAAAAUAAAUUUGCUGUUGUGGACGGUAGUUACUGUCGGGUGCCUCGUAAGGGAUGGCAACAUUCGCCGAAAAAAUGAGUACUUUCGUAACAAGAGCUAAUAUGUUCUUCACGAAGACCGACAUGUGUGUAAUAUUUUUCGAACCUCUCCUUCCAUAUCAAAUACUUCUGCACUGGAAUUCAUAUUUUAUGGCUUUCUUUGUAGUGUGCGAAAUAGGAACGACGGCGCUAAAAAUUCUUUCCCUCCCGUGCCCACCAGAUUAUCUUUACACAAACUUGUUAGUUAUAGUGUUUUUGACUAUUACCGAAACAGGGAGGCUGUACAUGGCAAUGAAAGGAAAUCUAGGGGAAGAUGAUUUUAAGUCAGUUAUUUGUUCGUUAUUUUUGUGUCCAUUUUCUGUUCUUGGAACAGUUUAUUUGUUAACAUGGCAAGUUUAUGUUUUGAGACUAGAUUUUAUAAUAUGCGUCAUGGCACUUUCAAUGCAAUCUCUUGGAGCUUUGUGUGGUUUGUAUACGCUUUGGAUAAUGUACAGAGACGCUUUCUGCUGGUACUGAGAACAUAUGAUCUCCUUUAUUAUGCUGGAUUAUCCAUAUAUUCCCCACAAUUCGUUCAGUACCGGGAAAAUGAAUGUGCUGAAAAGAUUUAUUCAGAAGCUACAAGCUAGAAUACAAUUGUACUCACAUACAGAAAAAUUACAGACUGUUAAUUAGUGCAGUGGGGUUGAUAACACAGAAUGUUAUUGUUAAUAUGGUCUCAGUGCUUGAACUGUAGAGUACAUGUAGGAGCCUGUCAUUCUUGAAGUAUGCACUUCUUGUAAGAAAGUGUUUAGGCCUAUCUGUUUUAUGUGAGUUGUAGAUAUAUUGUACAGAGACUUCAUUUACCUGCAUGUAAUGUAGUUUUAUCACUGUACAGAUACUGCAAACAAGUUACAGUUAGAUGUAUAAGUUUCGUAAUUAUUUACUGCAUUUGUCGUUUUAGUUUUAUGAUAUUGAUUUUUCAUAUGUGUACAAUACAAAUUGCAACCCAUAAAAUUUUACAAAACCUGUACCAACAAUAUAGUAUUACAACAGAUUUU